UUAGUAAAAGCCAGGCUACAAUUACAAAACGCAAACUUUGACACAAAAAAAGCAAACUUCAAACAAACCGGUAGUGACGAUUUAGCACUUCCGUUUUGAUUCAGCAGUAGUUGUUGUUCUUAAAAUGGCGCCGUUAGACUUGGAUAAAUAUGUCGAAAUUGCAAGACAGUGCAAAUAUCUUCCAGAGAAUGAUUUAAAGAGAUUGUGCGAUUAUGUAUGUGACCUGUUAUUAGAGGAAUCAAACGUACAACCUGUAUCCACUCCAGUGACCGUAUGUGGAGACAUACAUGGACAGUUUUAUGACCUGUGUGAACUCUUCAGAACUGGCGGACAGGUUCCAGACACAAAUUAUAUUUUUAUGGGUGACUUCGUGGACAGGGGCUACUACAGUUUAGAGACGUUCACGUAUCUCCUAGCGUUAAAAGCAAAGUGGCCGGACCGCAUCACACUGUUGCGUGGCAACCACGAGAGCAGACAGAUCACGCAGGUGUAUGGAUUCUAUGAUGAGUGCCAAACUAAAUAUGGAAAUGCUAAUGCAUGGCGGUACUGCACAAAAGUGUUUGACAUGCUGACUGUGGCAGCGCUGAUAGACGAGCAGAUUUUGUGUGUGCACGGAGGCCUGUCCCCCGACAUCAAGACCCUGGACCAGAUCCGCACCAUCGAGCGCAACCAGGAGAUCCCUCACAAGGGCGCCUUCUGUGACCUGGUGUGGUCCGACCCGGAGGACGUGGACACCUGGGCCAUCAGCCCCAGGGGCGCCGGCUGGCUCUUUGGCGCCAAAGUCACCAACGAGUUUGUGCACAUCAACAACCUGAAGCUGAUCUGCCGAGCACACCAGCUGGUGCACGAGGGCUACAAGUUCAUGUUUGACGAGAAGCUGGUGACGGUGUGGUCGGCCCCCAACUACUGCUACCGCUGUGGCAACAUCGCCUCCAUCAUGGUCUUCAAGGACGUCAACACCCGGGAGCCCAAGCUCUUCCGCGCCGUGCCCGACUCGGAGAGGGUCAUACCGCCCCGGACCACCACCCCCUACUUCCUCUGAAGCACACGCACACAAAGAAGAGCCGUCGGUUUCCAGUGAUGGGCAAGCUAGAUUCAGGAGCUGUACAACCCAGUGACUCCUAUUACGAAUAACCUGUUUUUACAGAUGCGAAUGCCAUUACUGGACAGGUGACCCAGGUCAUUUGGAAUAUGUGGCGAUGGGCUGCAUUUCUGGAAAGCGUAGUUGCUAACUAUGUUAGCUACUUUGUUGGUUGCAAUGCAAUUUCCCAUUGGCAACUACCGAAGUUGCUAAUUGCCAAUAACUAAGCUUUCCAGAAAUGCACCCCCGGAUUGUAGCUUCUGAAUCCAGGUGGCCCACUGAUGGUUUCCUCCUCCCUGCUGUGUCCAUCCCUCCUACACAUGCAUAAAAAAGUUGCUCUUUCGCUUUAUUCCACCUCCCUUUCAUCCCUUUCCCUCUCUCUUUUUUUCUAUCAGAUAUAUUUUUAAAUAUUCACCACUCUCUUAAUUGAGCUUUGUUUUAUUUUAUUGCCCCUUCUCUCUCUCUCUCUCUCUCUCUCUCUCUCUCUCUCUCUCUCUCUCUCUCUCUCUCUCUCUCUCUCUCUCUCUCUCUCUCUCUCUCUCUCUCUCUCUCUCUCUCUCUCUCUCUCUCUCUCUCUCUGAUCUCUUCUGCUGUAUGUGUGGCAGAAAGUGUUGAUCCGGGGAGUGACUUUACACACCCACAAGAAAGGACCCCACACCUACAUGUCCAUAUACAAACCUUACCAAAUGCCUCUUAUACUGUAGCAAUGAGUCUGUGCCGAGCAACAACGGCCCCUUUGUUUGGAGGAGGGGUGAAAUGCUCAAUGAAGCCAUGACUUCUAAAAAAUCUGAAUAUCCAAAUCUAGCCACAUUGUGUGAAGUAAAUUAAAACAAGAGAUAGAAAUAAUGAAUUGCUAGUGGAGAACUGGACAUUGAUUUGGUCAAAUCAUUAUUUGGCCAUUUAGGGUUUUUUCCCCCUUUUUUUUAAUGCACCGUCUUACUCUGAUAUGUAUUUAUGUAAGAUAAUACACCAGAGAGCAAUGUGCUGGACUUAACACAUAAGAGGCACUUGGGACACCCGAGCCAAAGGUUUGGUUGUGUUGACACAUGCCCAUAACAGUGGAAUUCCAAACUAUUUCUUUGUUAGUGCAGUAAUAUCUCAAGUUUUAUUUCAUUUUUUUCUUCCCAAGAUAUCAGACACCCCGUGUGUCUGUCAAUUCUCCUGUUGCUGUAUUGAAAAUGAAGCAGGGUUGUCAGGUAGGAGGGUGAACAGUCUCGGGGACAGAGGGCAGUGAGUAUUUUGUACAUUGAAAUAAUUGUAUUGUUUUUUUUUUCUUUUCAAGAUCUGUUGUAUUUUAUUAUUGUAGAGACUGUAACCCACUUACCAUUAAAUAUUGAAAUAAAAAACGCCUUUAUUAUUAACUUAA